AUGAGUCGCUCAUUGACAAGUCGCCUCGCGGCGCAAUCGCUCUUUCAAUCCUCCCGAGCCAACGUCCAAAAGUCGUCAUUUCAAAUCGCUCGCUCCAUCUCCCAGACAAAGUCCAACCGCGAUGAUAAACCCAGAAGGGCACCGAGCCGACCCAGUACGGCCUCGCUGUUAGAGAACAUCUACGGCCCCUCAGAGACGUCCAAGACGAGAUCCUCUCCCAACAAUGCCAUGGCCAACCUCUCCCAAAGUCUUGUCUUCAAGACACUUGACAAGUCUUCCAACAUCGAUACGAGCCCACUAUCCAGAGAUACCCGUCGACAGGCCGAGGCAAAGGAGGACGAUCUCGAGCCAUACCACUUCCACAUCUACUCCCACAAGCACAACACCCACAUCACUUGCACCAAGCCCAAUCGAGAACCAAUUAUCUCUCUGUCAGCCGGCAACAUUGGUUUCCGCAAGUCUCGCCGUGGUCUAUUCGAUUCCGCCUACUCCCUCACCAAGUAUGUCCUGGAGCGAUUAAUCCACAACGGCUGGCCCAUGAAGAUGAACCGACUAGAGGUUGUGCUACGCGGCUUCGGUCAGGGACGAGAGGCUGCUCUGAAGGUUCUGAUGAGCCCCGAGGGCAAGGUAUUACGAGACAAGAUUGUCCGUGUAGCCGACUCGACCAGAAUCAAGUUUGGUGGUACCAGGAGUGAGAAACCUCGACGUCUAUAA